CCUUAGUUGUGUACACACUUUUUCCCAGCAGACCAACAAAUUCUGCGCUUGCAAUAUACAUCUAGUGAAAACUUAAAACAAAUUAAUCAACAUGUUGGGCCGCAGCAGUGUAAUUGCACGUAACUUCUCCCAAUCGAUGGUGCGCUAUGGCGGCCAUGGUGGUAUUCCCGGUGAGAACCUGCCCUUCAGCCUGCAGAACAAGUAUAGGAUCACAGCUCUGUUCACCGUCGGCUGCGUGUUGGGCUUUGGUGCGCCCUUCCUGAUCGUUCGUCAUCAGCUGUUGAAGAAGUAAGUGGCAUCCGCAGCCCCGACAGCCGCAGCCACAACAAAAACAACGAUCUGCAUAAAAUAAAAACGUGUAAGAUUACGUUGUUGUUUGUUGUAGCCGCCACAUGUCGGUCAAUGUGUUGCAGUUUUUACCUUUAAGUCAAAAGUUUAAACCGUAAUAAAGUUACCCAAACCUGAAACACAA